UGUACAAGUUAAUGGACAAAAUCUGUUUACCUUCAAUGAAAACAAAGUGAAAACAGAUGAUAUUGUUGCUCAUUGUUAUAAAUUGUAAUCAAUUAGACGAUUGUUUGGUUUGGACGUCAAUUUGGCUGUCAAUUGUUGAUGGAACUAGGAGCCUAAUUGAAAAUUUAAAGUAACAAUAUGUUUCCGACCUGUUCAUCAUUAGUGAAAACAGACAAUAUAAUGUAAAGAGUUUAACAAAUUAUGUGGAAUUAUCAACCUUAUGCCUCUCCAUCAUCAGUUGAUUAUAAAGUAACUUGCACUUGUAUCACAUUGAAUUGCAUUACAACUUCAUCUAUACUAAAUAAACCACCGCUAAUUGUUCCGUCUCAACCAGAGCCAGAGUUAAUAACCAAUGUUACCAAUGUGAAAACACGAAAGCGUUUCAAGCGGUACAAAUGUCCGACUUGUAUUUAUGAAUGUACCGAGAGGGGUAAAUUAACGAGACACCAAAGGAUGCAUGCUGGCCAUAAGCCAUUUAAAUGUCCAUCUUGUCAAUAUGAGUCUUACGAUAAGUCCAAGAUUCGUCGCCAUUAUGUAACUCAUACUCGGGACAAGCCUUUCCAAUGUGAACUCUGUGGUUCGCGAUUUACUCAAUCAGGUAGCUUGAAAACACAUCUGGCUAAUGUACAUAAAAUGGAAAAGGUUGAAUUUCUCUGUCCUUUCUGUACUAAACUGGUAACUCAGAAUAUGGGUGAAUUGAGGAAUCACAUCAAGACUUUGCACCAUUCAACCAAUUACCCAGUGAUUGUUAAUAAAGCUUAUAAGACAGGUUGAUUUAUUUUGAUCUGCAUUGUCUUCAUCUUUACCAAUAUGACUUGCCCAUGACAAAAUGCCUUUAACUCCAAGUAUUUUUGCAAACAAGGACACAAUAAAUAUUUUUUAACCAAA